AUGAAGUUCGUCACAAUCGCUGCUUAUACUGGUCUAGUCGUUGCUGUCAACGGUCACUUUAUACCAUGGAUUGGUUCUGGUGAUCACCAUGAUAAGAAUCCGUUCGUUUCUCAUGGCGGAGAGAACGACAAAAGAGGAAAGGAAGAGAAGAAUAAUCACUGGUGGUGGCCACAACCGCAACAUGGCAAACACGACAAAGGUGGUAAAGGCGGUAAGCAUGGCAAGGGUGGCCAUGAUGAAGAGCCUUGUCCUGAUGAACACAAAGGUGGACAUAAGGGUGAACACAAGGGUGAACACAAGGGUGAACACAAGGGUGGACACAAGGGUGAACACAAAGGUGAACAUCACGGAGGACACAAAGGUGAUCACCAUGGAGGACAUGGGGGACACCAAGGAGAUGGUGGACACAAGGGUGAACCAUGUGAUGAAACUUCUUUGUCAUCCAUCAAGGUAUCCAGUUCUUCUGCUGGACAUUCUAGUUCCUCGAUUGCUCCAGUUAGCCACUCCAGUGUUAUAUCAACUGGACCAACUGGUCACUCAACUGAGCCAUGUGACGAGCCUUCUUCUAGCUCCUGGAGUUCUUCGGUUCCACCAGUAAGUCACUCUACUGUUUCGUCCGUGGGAACUUCUACCCAUUCGACUGAGCCAUGUGAAGAACCUUCUUCGUCUUUGAAGGUAUCCAGUUCUUCUGUUGUUCCUUCGAGCUCCUCAAUUGCCCCAGUAAGUCACUCAAGUGCACUUUCAAGUCACUCAGUUCCACCUACUGGACCUUCGAGCCAUACUACUGAACCAUGCGAUGAAACUUCAUCUUCUGUUAAGGUAUCUGGCUCUUCUGCUGCACCCUCGAGCUCCUCAAUUGCACCAGUGAGCCACUCGAGUGCUUCUUCUGUGGGACCUUCGAGCCACUCUAGUGCUUCAUCUGCUGGACAUUCAAGUCACUCGACUGUAUCCUCCUGGGGACCAUCUAGUCACUCGACCGCUUCGUCUUGGGGACCAUCUAGUCACUCGACAAUCUCAUCUGCGGGACCUUCUAGUUCUUCGAUUGCGCCAGUUAGUCACUCAAGUGGUGUUUCAUCUCACUCGACUAUUUCGUCUUGGGGACCUUCCAGCCACUCGAUUCCAGCUACUGGACCUUCGAGCCAUACUACUGAACCAUGCGAUGAGACUUCUUCGUCGUCUGUGAAGGCAUCCAGCUCCUCUGGACCUUCGAGCUCAUCGAUUGCACCAGUUAGCCACUCAAGUGCCUCCUCAGUUGCACCAUCUGGUCACUCAAGUGCUCCAUCGAGUCACUCGACUGUUUCCUCGGUUGCUCCAUCUAGUCACUCAAUCCCUUCUGGACCUUCUAGUCACUCGAGUGCCUCAUCUGUUUCGCCAAGCGGACCUUCUAGCUCCUGGGGCUCCUCGUUUGCACCAUCUAGUCACUCGACUGUUUCCUCGUGGGGACCUUCGAGCCACUCAAGUGCUUCAUCUUGGGGACCUUCUAGUUCUUCAAUUGCACCAGUCAGCCACUCAAGUGAUCUUUCAAGUCACACAAUUCCACCCACUGGACCCUCGAGCCAUACUACUGAGCCAUGCGAUGAGACUUCUUCGUCGUCUUUGAAGGCAUCCAGUUCUUCUGUUGCACCUUCUAGUUCCUCGAUUGCUCCAGUGAGCCACUCGAGUGCCUCAUCUGUGGGACCAUCAAGUCACUCGACUGUUUCGUCUUGGGGACCAUCCAGUCACUCGACCGUCGCAUCUUCAGGACCUUCUAGUUCUUCGAUUGCGCCAGUUAGUCACUCAAGUGCUCCAUCGAGUCACUCAACUGGUUCGUCUGUGGGACCUUCUAGUCACUCGACUGUUUCCUCGGUUGCACCAUCUAGUCACUCGAGUGCCUCCUCGGUUGCUCCAUCUAGUCACUCGAUUCCUUCUGGACCUUCUAGUCACUCGAGUGCCUCCUCGGUUGCUCCAUCUAGUCACACGAUUCCUUCUGGACCUUCAAGUCACUCGACAGCUUCGUCUGUGGGACCUUCUAGUCACUCGAGUGUCUCCUCGGUUGGACAUUCAAGCCAUUCGACUGUUUCCUCCUUGGGACCAUCUAGUCACUCGACAGCUUCGUCUGUUGGACCUUCAAGUCACCCAACUGUUUCAUCUUGGGGUCCUUCAAGCUCCUCGAUUGCACCAGUAAGUCACUCAAGUGGUCUUUCAAGUCACUCAAUUCCACCAA